CAGACCAAGACAGACGAUCGCAGUACGACAGAUUCGAACAAAACGAUGUCUGUAAUUCCAGCUUACGUGUUGAUAAUGGCCACCUGUUUGUUGCUCUCCAUCUCCUCGAGCACAGCCAACGUCGGUAGCACGGCAUGCCCGCAACCUGAGAAAGGAGAAAUGGGUCCUCCCGGCCACUCUGGGAAACCUGGAGUGAGGGGUCACAACGGGGUAAAGGGCAGCCCAGGAAUUGCAGGAUCUAAGGGUACAAAGGGAGACAAAGGAGAAAUCGGAAAAUCAGGUCGUCAAGGCAAACAGGGUCCAGCAGGUGUGGUUGGUCCACCUGGUAAGCAGGGAGUUACUGGUUCCCAAGGUCCGCUUGGAAAUACUGGAAUUCAGGGUCCACAAGGUCCUCAAGGUUCACAAGGAGCAAAGGGUGAAAGAGGCAUAAAAGGAGCAACCGGUGAUACUGGAGCAAGAGGGUUGGAAGGAACAGACGGCACACCGGGCCCUUCGGGUCAUCCGGGCGUUCAAGGCACUCCUGGACAAAGAGGCCACAAAGGAGAACGAGGAUUUUCUGGCUUUAAAGGUGAACAAGGACCUCAGGGUAUUGCCGGUCCAGAGAUGACUGCUGCUACUCUUCAACGUUAUUUUAAUCCCAUUGCAACUUUGCAAAAUAAGGUUGAAGACUUAAGAAACAAAUUUGAAACAAUCAUGCGUUCGUUUAAUGCAUGCUGUAUUGAAGAAAAACCUGCUGCUCAUCUCUACGGGAUUGGUACCCGGAGUACUCUCUCGAUCGGUACUCGUGUUACCUACUGGUCAACUAGUACAUCACCUCCAGGAUUUCUUCGAGGAGGAACUGUCUACAAUAAUGGAUACAUUACAGUUCCACGUGACGGAUUGUAUUAUGUAUAUUCUCAAUUUUGGUAUGACCGAAGUUCAAGUAGCAGUCAAAAGUGGUGUUCACUUUACAUCAAGUUGAACGACAGCAACAAUAUUGGCAUAACUAGUCACUAUCGGCAAAACCCUAGUGGUGGCGACGAAAGUCAAUACACAGGAGUAACGGUUAUGCUGACAGCUAACGACCGGCUCUCUGUGAGAGUGGGACAUACGUGCUUGUAUGAAUUUUUCGCGGACGGUCAAACGUUUUUCGGAGCUUUCUACAUUGGUUAACUCUUAAAACAUUCGGCGAAAACAGUACAGUCACUGCCUUUCUCUAUGGCAAUGGGCGCGUAUAUUUCUCUUUGAAUGACUGAUUGCUGUUACGUCCAAUGUCUCUGUUUGCAGUACCGACAGCAACAUCUGUAUGUUAGUCAUUAUCCUACUAUAUACUAUAAACUGUAGUAAACUCAAAACGUAUGCAUCUAGACUCGAUUGUAUGGCACAUGCACCAACUAUAUAUUGGCUCAGAAAUGUUUAUGGACUAGUAGUAGGCAAAUAAACCAAAUUCUGCCAUCUUGAC